CGAGGCUGCUGCUGCUGCUGCCGCUGGUCAGCCAAGAUGGCGGCCGCCGGGCGAAGGAGGAGGAGGCGCAGGAGGCGAGGAGAAGAAGAAGACGACGGAGGCGCCCCCGGGGAAGGGGGCGAGGCGGCGGCGGCGGCGAUGUCGCUGUGGGGAAGGCCCGCUCUUCUCCUCCUCCUCCUGCUGGUGCUGCUGCCGGACGGGGCCCUGACGGUCCGGGGCCAGAGCGAGAACGGCACUACAACCGAGGCAGAGCUUUCUGAGCGUAUAAAUGUCUCGGCAUCCAGUUUCACAACUCACAACUUACCGCCUGUUUCAAAAGUCGAUGGGGACAGAACAAGGACGGCAGCAAAUGAAGGCAUGAUACCAACAUCUCCAAAGAGCAGUGCUUCUGUGUCACCUGGGCCAACUGCAACUGAAGGGAAGCAGGCAACAUCCCCUGCUCCAGCUUCUGCGACUCCUGCUCCAGCUUCUGCGACUCCUCCUUUGCAAACAGACGCUGACACUUCGGAAGAUACAAAUAUCAACGAAGAUGACAUGGUGGACGACACCGUAGGCAAAGACAACGUGCCCAGCUUCCUCCCAACAGCCAAAGGAACUGCAGAUCCGGCUGACUAUUAUGGUCCCUACGGAAUGCCGUCUGACGAUCAAGACGACCAAGGCAUCUCGGAGUUUACGGAAGAGUUGGCCAGCAUGCGCAGCUAUGAAAAUAAGAAAUUGCUUCCUGACGAGAUGAAGGAUGCCUCUUCCUCGGAACUGGAAGAGGACAGCCAUUUCUUUUUCCACCUGGUUAUCGUUGCCUUUUUGGUAGCUGCUGUUUACAUCACGUACCACAAUAAAAGAAAGAUUAUCCUGUUGGUCCAGAGCAGAAGAUGGCGAGAUGGGCUUUGCUCCAGAACCGUCGGGUACCAUCGUUUGGAUCAAAAUGUCAAUGAAGCUAUGCCUUCAUUAAAAAUCACCAAUGAUUACAUUUUUUAAAAAGCGGCGUGAUCUGAGUUGACUGAACUAGUGAUUUCCUUUGCCUGAGGUGCAGGUGUUUGCCAUAAGCUCACACACUUCCUUGCCUUUCAAGUUCUUAGCCUUAUACGAGGGCAUGGAAGGUUAGUAUUUCCUUCAGGUGGCUGCCAAACUUACAAAUCAGUGCACGUAGUGCCGUUGUUAAUCACUUUUAUUUAUCUUCCAGUGUAUUCCCGUCUGCCUGGAGCAGUCCUAGAUUAGAACAUAGCCAAGUAAUCUCCAAUAUUCAAUGUAUUGCUAAAUCUGGCAACAGUGAACCACACUGAAAGGAACUCUGGCGAUUCUCUUUUUUGCAUCAUGCGUUCUCUUUUUCCCUCAGUACAGAUUUGGGGGGAAACUUACUACAACAAAGUAUCUGGCUCCUUACUUUAAACCACAUCACUUGGCUGAAGAUUUUAGCUGGUAUUUGUUCUCUAUAGCCUUUAAGUAGACCUGCAUUUUAAGAGAACAACCUUUCACAUGUUACCAGUCAGCCUGUCUCCUUGCACAGCUUAGAUAACCAUUUUAAAAACUGGUGGUGAUUCAGAGCCCGUUUUUUCCUUUCUUUCUCUCUCUCUCUGCCAUUUUCUCUGCAAAAGAAAAUGCCUUUAAAACCCCAAAGUUGUGAGAAAACCUCUCUAGGCUUGAAGCUGAGAUACAUGAAAGAUCAGCAGAACAAGCUCACCUGCACCACCCUCAAUAUUUUAACGGUUGCCAAUACACAACUUGUGCUUUCAUUCCAUUGCAACCAGGAAAGGUGAGAGAUUUAUUAUUUCUUCUUCUAAUCAAGGCGUAGAAUUGUCAGGAAUCGGAAGUUUCCCAGCUUCAGCGGAGACUGCAUUAUUUUCUUUUAAUUUCGGGAGAGACAAAAAUCUCUUGCAUAUAGCUUGUACAGAAAGUUCUUGGGACAUUGGGAUUUAAAAAAAAACAAAUAAUAAAUAAAUAAAGUAUGUACUUUUGCUA